AUGUCGCAUGUUCGGCUAACCUUGAUUCUGUCCCUCAUCGUAGCCUCCUUCCUGAGCGCUGCAAAUGCCAGAUGCAGCGUGGCGGCACCCGCUGGUCACAGUCACACUCGCUCCGCCGACUUGUUGCUGAAAGGUACGGUCCUGACCCCCCAAGGGUCUCUGGAGAAUGGCUGCGUCCUCGUGCGAUCAGGUAAAGUUGCCUACGUUGGCACCGGCUGCGGGUCGGACGACGCCAGUGUCACCGUCCUCGACUGCACCGGUUCCGUCAUCUCCCCGGGCUUCAUCAACACCCACGAGCACAUCGAAUAUUCCACCGUCGCGCCCUUCGAGGACACCGGGGAACGAGUCGACCACCGCCACGACUGGAGGCGCGGCACGAGGGACAACACCGAGCGGCCCGUGCAAGUGAACGGCACCAAACUCGACGCCACCGCCUGGGGCGAGCUGCGCCACCUCUUCUCCGGCACCACCUCCAUCGUGGGCGGCAACUUGGUCCCCGGCCUGACACGAAACCUCGACUUCGUCGCCGGCCUCGAAGACGGCAUCGACCCCCCCGUCGCCGCUUGGGACAUCUUCCCCCUCGACGACGCCGAGGGCAUCCUGCGCAGUCGAGACUGCGACUACGGCCCCAACGCCACCACGAGCGAGGAGGCGGGGAAGCUGUACCGCUACAUGGCCCACGUGGGAGAGGGCGUCGACGACGAAGCCGCCAACGAGUUCCGCUGCCUCUCGGACCCGACGUACGAUACCACCCCUUCUUCUUCCCUCCGUGGGAGCGGCGGCGGCGGCGGCGGCGGCGGUGGUGGUCUCAGCGUCGACAUCGUCGCGUCGAACCUCGCCCUCGUCCACGCCCUGGGCCUCACCCGCGCGGACUUCGACCUCGUCGCCCGCCGGGGCGCCAAGGUCGUCUGGUCCCCCCGCAGCAACGUGUUCCUCUACGGCAAGACCCUCGACGUCACCUACCUCCUCGACGCGGGCAUCACCGUCGCCCUCGGCACCGACUGGCUUCCCUCCGGGUCGGCUUCCAUGACGAGGGAGGCUGUGUGCGGGUACCUCGUUACGCAGGAGAGCUUUGGUCGGACCGUCGCCCCCAGGACGCUGUGGGAGAUGAUGACGGUCAACGCGGCCAAGGUUGCUGGCUUCGAGGACCACGUGGGAUCCCUCGAGGCCGGGAAGUUGGCGGAUAUUGUCGUCUUCGGAGGACGCGGCGCCGGCGCCGACGGAUACGAACACGAACACGAACACGAACACGACGAUGCCUAUGCCCGGGUGGUUUUCUCGGCAGCUGAAGACCUUGAGCUCGUCAUGCGAGGCGGCAAGAUCCUCUUGGCAGCCGAAGGCUUGGAGGCCAUGGCAGGAGGAGGUGCGUGUGAGCCGGUCUCCUUCGGAACAGUCGCGAAGACGGUUUGCGUUGAGGAUGAACUUGGAAGGAGCUUCGCCGAAUUCGAACGGUCGCUGGGUGGAGUGUAUCCUGCCAUCCUCCCGGCCGUGCCAGAUAGGGAGCCGACCUGCAAAGCUACCCGAUAA